AUGCUUAUAUCUCUCGUUGGGUUUGAGUAUCCUGUUUGUCGUUCAAUAGAUUCUGCUUCAAUAUUAUCAGCAUCAUCAUCAUCAGCACCGGCGUCGUCAUUGUCUACAAUUAAUGUUACAUGUGAUGGAGCUUUUUCACAGCAUCGGCGUCGUCAUUAUGCUUCAAUAUUAUCAGCAUCGGCGUCGUCAUUGUCUACAAUUAAUGUUACAUGUGAUGAAGCUUUUUCAAUGAAUGAUUACUCGUUCGGACGGCACUGGGAUCAGUCUCAUGGUAUUGAAGUAGUGGGCUCUUGUAAGGGUUUGGUUUGCGUAUGCACAAGCAUGGAACCUUCUAGAUUCUGUAUUUUGAACCCUUCAUGCGGUGAGUAUAAGACAAUAUCAUGCUCCUUCCGUCGGUUAUCAUCUCAAGAAACGAGUCUGAUAGUUAGAUAUGGGUUUGGUUACGACAGUCACCUUGAAGAUUAUAAAUUGAUAAGAAUCGUAGGAAAAUGGGCAGACGGGGUCAAUUUAAGUUAUUUUCAAGUUGAGGUCUAUGCAUUAGGAUCCAACUCAUGUAAAACUAUCGAAUGCAUGCACCGAUACGUUGUUCUUCCUCCGUUAAAACAACUAUUUCAUUUGGCUUUUGAACGGAACGCUGCACUGGGCAGGCUUUGUCCAAGCAACUAG